AUGCAAAUUGGAAAGCUCUAGAAGUUAGAAAGACAUCAAAACUUUUCUUUCUUUUCUUUUUUUUAAUAAAAGAAAAACACUAACCGAAUAGCCAAUUCAAUUCAGACUGAAACAAACACGCAAUUCCUGUCUCCCCAACUUAAAUUGGAUUUCAUUUCCAUAAUUCACAACGGCAGAGCAGUGUCAAACUUGUUCUCUUUCUUCGCUAUUAAAAAUCUUGGAAAAACAAAUGGGUCAGAAUUUUAACAUGAAGAGAGGGAAUUGAAAGAAUGGUGGGAGGGCUAAAACAGAGCCUGCCUACAAGGAUAAGCGCAGCGGCUGCUGCUUCAAGAGUGGAUAUUGAUGGAAACGUUUCUUCUGUUUCAGAAACGAUGUUUGUUUCUAAUAAAGAUGGGGAUGAUCCUCCUAAAACGCUGUCGUCAGAUGUCAAUAUAGGUCUGGGUGAGAGAGCCCUUUCUGCUGCUGGUGCCGCUGUUGUCUCGGCCAUCAUUGUUAAUCCUCUAGAUGUCGCUAAGACAAGAUUGCAAGCACAGGCAGCUGGAUUUCCUAAUCAAGGAUUAUGUGGAACAGCAUGUUUGGGAACAGAUAUGAUUCUUUCGGAUUUGAAACAUGGAGUCCGUGGUUCGGAACCAUUAUGUGCUUCGGGAUGUACUAAGUACAAGGGAACCAUGGAUGUCUUUUAUAAAGUUACUCGCCAGGAAGGAUUUGGCAGACUGUGGAGGGGUACAAAUGCAAGCUUAGCUUUGGCAGUGCCAACUGUGGGCAUCUACCUUCCUUGUUAUGACAUUUUCAGGAAUUUAAUGGAAGAUUUAACUACUCAUCAUGCUCCAGGCUUGACGCCAUAUGUACCAUUAGUUGCAGGGUCACUAUCACGUUCACUAGCCUGUGUUACUUGUUAUCCUGUGGAGUUGGCAAGAACCCGCAUGCAGGCAUUUAAAGAAACCCAAAAUGGUGCAAAGCCUGCAGGGGUUUGGAAAACAUUAGUUGAGAUGACCAACCUAGUCAGGGGCACAAACAAUCUUCAGAAGUUGCAAAGUUAUCGCGUCUUAUGGACUGGCCUUGGUGCACAACUGGCUCGAGAUGUUCCUUUUUCUGCAAUCUGUUGGUCAACCCUUGAGUUUAUCAGAAGAAGAAUUCUUACUCUUGUAGAUGAUGAGGCCCGUGCAACCAGUGUCCUUGGAGCAAAUUUCUCUGCUGGUUUUGUUGCAGGGAGUCUAGCAGCUGCUCUAACAUGUCCAUUAGAUGUAGCAAGGACUAGAAGGCAGAUAGAGAAGGAUCCAACAAGGGCGUUAACUAUGACGGCAAUAAAGACAUUGCAGGAAGUCUGGAGGGAUGGAGGGUUUAGAGGACUAUUCACAGGAAUUGGUCCCCGUGUUGCUCGUGCUGGCCCUUCUGUGGGAAUAGUCGUUUCCUUUUAUGAAGUCGUCAAGUAUACACUAAAUCAAUAGACACCAUGUUACUUACUGAAAGAGCUGCAACUUUUAUGGAACAUAAAAGAUUCGGUUCAGGGUUCUCUUGAAAGAAUCAUGUUCCUGUCGUUGGUAUUGAAGAAGUUGGGCAAGCAUUUCCGCAUUGGCACGGACAUGAUUUGGUUCAGAAGCAGAUCACAGUAUAUGUUUGAACAAUAACAGAUCCCCUUCUCGAGGCCUGGGAGCCCAUGGUAGACUCUUUACACGUUUCCAGCAAUGGCUUCAUUGUUUUUUUUUUUUUUUUUUUUAUACUUUUCCAUUAAUAAUUGAUAUAAUAUCCUCUUUUUCUGUUCCCGUUUAUGCCAAGAUUUAUUUAUUUA